AUGUUAUUUAAAUCGACUGAUAUGAGGUUUAAGAGACCUAAAGUUAUCGACAUAGCCCAAAGGAUUAGCAAACUGAAGUGGCAGUGGGCAGGUCACAUCUGUCGAAGAAUCGAUGACCGCUGGAGUAAACGUGUUCUAGAGUGGAGACCACGUCUAGGCAAACGUAGUGUAGGGCGCCCUCCAGCUAGGUGGACUGACGACAUCCGCAGGGUGGCUGGGAGUGGUUGGAUGAGAAGAGCUGAACAUCGAGCUCAGUGGCGUGCAAUUGGGACAUACGCCUCCUAUGUGACUGAAAACGAAUCUUCACUCGAUGCUGAACUUGAUCCCAUCUAUAUUAUUAUUAAUAUUAUAAAGAGAUCUUUGGAUCCGAAGCUGCAUCUGACGGAGGGGGUGGCGCCAGCAGCGGGCCGUCUAGGGCGACAAAGGAUCCAGUAA